CUCCCAUAUAACCAGCGAGGCGGCCUGCCUCAUCGGUAUAGGCCACCGCCUCAUUAAAAUUCUACCGACAUUGCCGCCUCACUGGUCCGCGGCAAAAAAAAAAAAAAAAAAAAAAAAAGUGCAGCGCAAAACCCGCCGGACUGACGACACCGUGCGCGGCUGCAGCGGAGACAGCCCGAUAGUAUAUAUAAUCCCCCCCCCCCGUCAACAACUUUCAGCUGAAAGUGACCCCACCACCUCACAGCCAUUUCAACCCAGGGGAAACACUGUGUAUAUAUAUGUGUGUGUGUGUAUAUAUAUAUAUAUAUUAGGGGAUGUAACGGUACACAAAAAUCAUGGUUCAGUUCUCAGUUAAGGGAGAAAUGGAAAAAGAAAACCUGAUAUCAGAGCUGGUCUGACUUUCUAGCUGAAGUGUGGAUGAGAAGGAACUUCAUAACGGGCUCUAUCACCUACGUUUGGGUUUAUGGGGUUAUGUGUGUUAUACAUAAAUAGGUUAUUUCUACUAGUAUUUUAGCAUAGUUUAACAAGAAAUGUUAAAUCUGACAUAUAAAUAAAUAUCUAAUAAAAUCAGACAGUAUAAAGGCUGGAUCAGAGGUGGUGUUUGUAGAUUCCAGAUGUUGGAGGGCUCAGACUGAAGCAGAUGUUCGGGGCAUCCCUACAGCAGCACAGCAUGCAGGUAGACCCACUAAUCAGCUGUGCAUGUUAGACUAGCUGAAGGUGUGAAGAUGGUCUGCAGUCUGCUGCUGCUGUGGAAGUUAAUUCUGAUCUGACGAGGCUUUGGCGUUUAUUCCUGCUUCUUCUUGUGCCAAAGCCUCGUUUUAUUUUCUCUGCAUUCCCAAAUCCUCACUAACAACACCAGAGGUAAAUGUAGCUGUAAGGCUUCUGCUUGAUGUUGCAGUAAAAACAGAAAAUAAAUGCUUUUUAAACCUCUCCACACAUGACUCUGAUGGAGUGAAUCUCAGUUUAACAGUGGUGUUUCUUUUUGUUGUUGUGUUUUACAGUUCUUUUUCCUGGUUCAGCCACCCCUAUAAACCAGCCCUGCUGAAAUACCACCAACAGUUUUGUCUUCUGCAGCCUUAUCCUGUUUCUCAAGUGUCCUUUCUGUUGUGUGUGUGUGUGUGUGUGUGUGUGCGCGUGCGCGUGUGUGUGCGUGCUCUCUCUUUAUCUCUCUACCUCUCCCUCCUUUGAAAUGUUCAAAUGUCAGAUUUAAAAUUAGCCUGUUUUCAGAUUGCACAGCCAUGGAUCAUCAUCUCCCUUUUGAGUUUUACUGUUUGGUUCUCUUCAGCUUUGGGCAAUAUUUUUGUGAUUUUGGUUUGUUUUUUAAUCAUGAAUUUUGCUGGCAGUAGACUUAUAAUGCCUCGUUUCCAUGCAGUUUUGUGUUUGGAUACGAAUCAACCAAAAGUUUACGAAAAUCCUUACUGUCUCGUUAUGUAGCAUUAGCUACAACUAUAGAAGAAUCCUUAGAAUUAGCAUGAUGUAGGCUAAUGUUAGCAUUAGCCACAACUAUAGAAGAAUCCUUAGAGUUAGCAUGCUGUAGGCUAAUGUUAGCAUUAGCUACAACUAUAGAAGAAUCCUUAGAUUUAGCAUGCUGUAGGCUAAUGUUAGCAUUAGCUACAACUAUAGAAGAAUCCUUAGAGUUAGCAUGCUGUAGGCUAAUGUUAGCAUUAGCUACAACUAUAGAAGAAUCCUUAGAGUUAGCAUGCUGUAGGCUAAUGUUAGCAUUAGCUACAACUAUAGAAGAAUCCUUAGAGUUAGCAUGCUGUAGGCUAAUGUUAGCAUUAUCUACAACUAUAGAACAAUCCUUAGUUAUCAUGGUGUAGACUAAUGCUAGCAUUAGCUACAACUAUAGGAGAAUCUUAGAGUUAGCAUCAUGUAGGCUAAUGUUAGCAUUAGCUACCACUGUAGAAGAAUCCUUAGUUAGCAUGCUGUAGGCUAAUGUUAGCAUUAGCUACAACUAUAGGAGAAUCCUUACAGUUAGCAAAAACCAUGUCCUUUUUUCUUUCUAAAAUAAGGAGAUUUCUAAGUGACUCCAAACUUUGGACGGUAGUGUAUGUCCAAACUGGUUUAGGUAGUUUAGCUCAUGCUAGCUGUGUAUCAUACAGAAAAUAAAUCCUGUUAAUUGUUCAUUUGUCCUGAACCUAAAGAUUUAACCAAACUUUCUCCACUCUCCUCACGUGCUUCUCUCCAUUUAUUAUUAAUCCAGUUUUAGUUCCUGCACAUAUUCUAUAAAACCGAGUGGUAAAACCUGAUUAGCUCUUCAUUAGCUAAAAUCUAAUGCAUUUCCUUACAUCAACCACCAGGGGGCGCAUUGCGAAUAAUGUUUGGAUUAAUGACAAUGAGACAAAGCUAUGUGGAAACGAAGUGAAACUGUUUAGUUCAGAUUAUGUUUGAGAUUGUUUAGUAUUUUUGUGAUUAGAACUUUAUCUGGUGCCUUUUUUAUGGUGGAUUGUAGAAAUCAACCACCAACAAAAGGCCAGAAAAGGUAAAAUAAAUCAAAGUGACUGAGCCUUUUCUGUUUCUGUAAUGGUUAUGGUAAGUGAUGUUGAAAUGUUCCCUUGUGUCUACUCCCAAAUCAUGAACUUUGUUUUCUGUAUCUCAAUGUUUUUGUGUGCUUUAUAGCGAAGCAGCCGGCGCGAGUCGCUUGUUCAUAAAACAUCUAAUGAAAGUUGAGAGCACAUCCCGCGGGACAACUGGCUGUGCUUGCUUACGUUUGGUUCAUGACUUAAAAAACAAGUACAGGAGUGAUUCCUGAUGAAUCUAAAGCUAUGUCGCUGCUGGCUCCAGCCAAUGCUGUGGCAGGAAUGAUGCCUGGGGGAGGCCUCCUUCCAACACCCAAUCCUCUGGCUUCUAUGGGAGGGACGCCUUUCGGAGGUCUGGGAGCUCCCAACAUGGAGCAGAUGGCUGCCAUGGGAAUGCCAGGACCCAACAUGAACCCCCAGGCUCUUUCUGCAGAUUUCCUGAAGCUCAUGCAGUCCAUGGACCCCAAGUUGAACCCGUUGGCGGCUGGACUGAACCUGAACCCAGGACUGAAGACCGACGCCUCCAACAAGGAGAUAGAAGAAGCCAUGAAGAGGGUCAGGGAGGCCCAGUCCCUGAUCUCUGCAGCCAUCGAACCUGGAAAUAAGAAAGACGACAAGCGUAAACAUUCCCGCUCUCGUUCGAGGUCACGACGCCGACGCUCCAGAUCUCGCUCACGACACAGACGUUCCAAGAGCAGAUCUCGACGUCGCUCUCAUUCCAGGAGUCGGAGGAGGUCCAAGAGUCCACGCAGGAGGAGAUCUCACUCCAGAGACAGAAACCGUCGCAGCAGAUCCAGGGACAGGAGGAAGGAGGAGAAGUCCAAGAAAAGGUCCAAGACGCCUCCCAAGAGCUACAGCAGCGCCAGGAGGUCCAGGAGCAUCAGCAGGAGACACCGUCGGAGUCGUUCUGCUUCCAGAUCUCCCAGGAGGAGGCUGUCCAGGUCUCCAUCACUCAGACGCCAUAAGAAGGAGAAGAAGAAGGAGAAGGAGCGAGAGAAGGAACGAGAACGAGACCGGAGGGACGACCGAGACCGAAGCCGAGACGAACGAGAACGAUCGACGAGCAAGAAGAAGAAGAGCAAAGACAAAGAACGAGAACGAGAGCGAGACAGGAAGUCUGACAGCGAGAAGGGAGACGUGAAGGUGAGCCAGGUGACUCGUGACUACGACGAGGAGGAGCAGGGCUACGACAGCGACAAGGAGGGAGAGGAAGAGGACGACGAGAGGAAGAGCGACUCGGACUCGGCGUCGUCCCCCAAAGGUCCGGAGGAUCCGGAACGAGCCGAAAACCCCAAGAAGUCCAAAGUGAACGGAGACGACCACCACCAGGAGGACAUGGAGAUGAGCGACUGAGGAGACGUUUUGUAAACCAUCACCGGUUUUAAAUGGUCAUCGCUGUACUUUUUAAACAUGUUUCUGUUGCCUUUUUCCUGACGGUAGAACCUGUAAAUACUGCAGUACUUCCUGUUUUAAUGUCGUGUUUCCUCUUUCCGAGCCUUUCUGAGUGUAGAUCCACCGUGUUGUUGCAGCCAAACGUCGUCUGGAAGCUUUUCCACUGGAAACUAAUAAAACUGGCCUCAAACGUC